AUGGAUAACACUUCGGCGCCCCUAGCGGACUACUUCUGGAUUGCGGGUAUCGAGUCCGUACCCUAUCAAGACCUCCCGCUACCACCCUCAUCUACGCAGGUAGAAGAUAUCAUCACUGAAGAUGGCGAACCCGAAGAAGAGCUCACUGAAACUGUAUCUUCGCCUUCGCCUUCGGCCAACAAAACCUUUGCUCGACACUCUCGCCAGAGUUCCAAUAACAGACUCUCAAAAGCCUCAUUCAGUUCAAUUCAUACACUCGAGGAACUAGAUGGGAACACACGAAGCAACAGGAGCAGCGCUACUAUAAGACCCAACCCUCUUCCUGCUCAUGAAGGCGGUGGCUUCCUCGGCGAUUUCGAUUUCGACAAAGCCCUCGUUAAAUUCGCGGCCGAAAGGGAGAACUUCUUAGAGGACCUCAGCUUCUCGGCUGGUGCCAAGACCCAGUCGCGACCUCCGAUGGUAAACCCACGUGCCGAAAGAAUUAAGGCCGACGAUGCUUCAGGCGGAAGAAUGAGCCCUAUAAAAAACAUCAGGGGCAGUAUACGUGGCAGUCUGAGACGGAAGAUAAGUUUUAGGGAGAUGAAUAGCGUGCGAAAGCAGCCAACAGCCCCGAGACCUGCUUCAAUUCGGACCACCAAGAGACUGAGCAGCUACAAUGCCGUUAUUCCUCCCCCUGAACCUCUUAACCUCGACCCGGAUAUGCACCCCCUGAAACGACGAUUCGAACCCGAGCUACUCGAUCGGUAUCCUUCGCGGAACGAUUCGGAAGGUCUCUCUAGGAGGGGGAGGUUUCCAGACUACGUUCCCAUGUUCGCGUUCCCUAACGACAUACAGAUCGUUUCGUCUGAUGAAAGACCGAGGUCGACAUGGCACGGCUUUACCAUGACAUCAGAUGACAACUCCAAGCUUUAUGGUGUGACCGUCAUCAUAUGGACGGCACUUACAACAGAUGUAGCAGAUGAAAUUGAGAGACGUUGUGAGCACUGGAGACAGAGACAUAUGACCGAGGAGGAGCGGGAGCUUGCAGGCAGCCUUGGAGCGCGUCUCGCUGCAGAGCGUGCGCAUCUCUCACAACUGCUUGCCAAACUUCCCACAGUACCCUCUGGGUCUGCUGCUCGAGAGUCGCUUGACGACCACAUCAGUUCGGUGGAGGAGAAAAUCAGCUUAAUGACAGAAAUGUUGCGGCCUCUGAGACACGGCGCAGCGUCGAAGAUUGAUGGUUUGACCGCUGGUGAGAGUGGCCUCUGGACACCACGAGCGUACGGCAUUCUUGGUAGAGAUGUCACGAGAAUGGGCUUCUGGAAGGAUUGGCUUCGAGCUGUCAUCGUGCCAAUGACUGACGGUGGAAUAUUGCGCGUGCCUCCAAGCUCGCCACGAGUUGGUCGUUGGCAGCCACUGGAACGAUAUGUGGUUAAUCUGUGCACUGAGGCAUUCAGUCCCCUCAGCUCUAAAACCCAGGUUGAGAUUGGUGUGCGCGAGCUGCGUCUCUACGCGCGAAAGGAGGCUAUCAAUGAACUUCCCGGCUCGCGUAACAUUGACAUCUAUGCGUUAUUCAGGUCCCUCUCUCUUGAGAAUGUAGUGACUCUCUUCGAAUACGCCAUGUCCGAAUCCCGCAUCAUCUUCCUUUCUUCGCAUACUGCCAUGCUGCACUUAGCCUGCCAUUCUUUGGUCAGCCUCAUGUAUCCGCUGACUUGGGCAAGUAUAUUCAUACCUAUCUUACCGGCGCGGUUGAUAUCUGCUCUCGACGCCCCUUGCCCAUACGUUGUCGGUAUUGAGCGAAGAUACGAUAACAUUAUACUUCCGGAUGAUGACUACGUUCUAGUAGAUCUGGACAAGGACACAAUCGAUGCGACGGCAUUGCCAGUCCGCCUACCAAAGCAGCACCGUCGGAAACUUCUUUCACUCUUGCAAUUUGCUGCCCCUCAUGCUUUACGCUACGGCGUCACCACCGGACCUCCUCCCUAUGCCAUCGAAUCCUUCCCUUACGAUGCAUUUUCGGGAGAGAACGGUGCUUUAUUCAACGAGAGGGCUGCGCCAAGUACAUUGCACAAAUGGGUCGCACAAAACUCGUCAUCCUUCGGGGAAGCCGAACCAGUCGGCACGCUGAGGCCACCCAUAUUUAACGCAUUUCUGCAUGCUAAGCCAGACGGAUCGGAUCGGCCUGACACAAGCAAGUCUAACAAGACUAGCCCUCCAUCAUCAGUCUCCCCUGUCUCUGUGAACUUCCCGCCUAUGCCAGCGACACCCAUCUCUAGAAGCGAUUCUGGGUUCGCGCUAUCCUCCACGUUAAGAGAGAAGAGGUCGGGCCAUUUUGAUGGAGUAGGUCGGCGUAGCUCCUCGUUUGGCCAGGCACCUGCCCAUCGGCCUCAUCAGCCAUUCUUGAAUGGUCAUCAGUCAAACUUGUCCAUCUCGGCCAUUUCGAUCGACUCGCAAUCAUCGUACGGCGGUUAUGCCCCGUCGUCUUAUGCGCAGUCUACUCUUGCUGCGUCAACGGUGAUGCCUAAUAUGCUUGUACAACCCGUAGAAAAUACAGAUUCCACCGUAUGGGUUGAAGGGCAUUGCUUCAACUUUGUCUCUAAUGAUACAACCCCUGCAUGCGCUAUUUGCGACGAGCGCUCCGAGGGUGAUGGAUGGUACAAAUGUUCCGGGUGUGGAACAGCCACACACGGGCGUUGUCUUGGCUGCGUCUGUCUUGUCUGUCCAGUGGCUUUCAACGCUGACAAGGUCCGGGCUGCCUUCGUACGCUGUCUCGCCAGCCUCCUCUACACAUAUCGCAAAUACCUCAGCCGGCCAACGAAGGACCAAAAGAAUAGUGGUCAACUAUACGGAUUCGACAUGAAUGGGUUUAUUAAGAGCUUACCGUACGAUCAGCAAGAAUAUGUUGCGAUGAUGAAAGAGACGCAAGCAUUCAAUGAAUUCAUCCAUGAGCGCGAGACGCACCCAGCCACAAACCCGGAGAUUCGCCUUUUCGACGAAAUCAUUCUGGCCAAGAAGGCCAGGGGAAAAACUAGUUUGUCUUCCGGAUUAUCCCGCUUGUCAACAAUACGGGCGUCUCACGGUGUUUCAGCUUCCCUUCCCGGCCUGCAAAUCCCAUCGAGGCACUCCCGAUCACAACCUUUCCUGACAGACGCGUCUGAUCACAUAUGGAGAACCGCGAGCGUGCCUGUGCCCAACUCCAAGUUCCAAGGCGACUAUCGUGCCGUGACAACCAGAACACCCGCACAGCUGGACUCCUCGUUUAUGAAGGAACCCCGUUCUAUACAGGGUGUACCACGUCCCGAACCACGCCGAAGAGGGGUCCUCCGGAAGCAAGUCCCCAGCAUGAUGCUCACCACGCCCACAUCGCCCUCCUCUCCCGAGGGAUCUCAAUAG